UCCCGCGAGCAGGCGCUGUGCUCGGACGAGGCAAAGGGGUCGCUCGCUGCGCCUCUCGGAGCGCACGGCAGGUGGGCUGGCGCGAAGUCCCGCGCCUCUUUCUCUCGCCACCUCCUUGGGCGCGGAGGCGUCCCGGGACUCGUCAACCUGCUGCGUGCGUCCUGCGCUUCCCUUGCCACCUCCUCUCUGCCCCGGGAGCGGCGACGGCCCUCGUCCCUGCGUGCGCCGUGCUGCGUGGCGAAGCGGGGGCUGAAGCGUUUCUGCAGUGAUCGGCUUCGCCUUGCCCCCGCCAACCCCCAUGUUGUACUCCUGGGUGACGGGGGCGGCCUCUGGGCUCUUCCUUUGCCUGCACCUCCUCCAGAAGCUCUUCUUCCCUUACUUCUGGGUGGACCUGAAGUUUUUGCUCAAAGUGCUGAAGUAUGGCGUGACCGUGGAGGCCGACCGGCUGCGGGGCAAGCUGCACACGGUGCUGGACAGGUUCGUGACGCUGGCCGAGAAGCAGCCCGACAAGCCCUUCCUCAUCUACGACGGCGAGGUCCACACCUACAGGGCGGUGGACAGGAGGAGUAAUAGGGUGGCCCAGCUUUUCCUCAAGGAAGGGACGCUGGAAAGGGGAGACACCGUGGCUUUGCUGAUGAGCAACGAGCCCGAUUUCAUCCACGUGUGGUUCGGCUUGGCCAAGCUGGGCUGUGUGGUGUCUUUCCUCAAUUUCAACAUCCGCGCCAGGUCUCUGCUGCACUGCAUCAGCAGCUGCGCGCCCAAGAUGCUGGUGGUGGGAGCAGAUCUGUUGGAGUCCUUAGAGGAAAUUCUUCCUAGUCUGCAAGAAGAUAUUAGUGUUUGGGUGAUGACAAGAGAAUGCAGUUUACCACAUGUUGAUACCAUUUUAGACAAGCUGGAAGUUGCCUCGGAUGAUGCUGUACCAGCUAAUCUUCGUGUUACUAAUAACUUAAUGGAUCCUCACCUCUACAUUUUCACAUCAGGAACAACAGGUUUACCAAAGCCUGCAGUUAUCAGUCAAAUGCAAGCCCUAAGAGGAGCUGCUGGAUUAUGGGCUUUUGGAGCCAAUUCUGAUGAUAUUAUCUAUACAACUCUGCCCCUUUACCACAGUGCAGCUGCUCUCCUUGGUAUUGGUGGAUGUAUCAAACUGGGUGCAACAUGUGUUUUAAGAAAGAAAUUUUCAGCUAGUCAGUUCUGGGAUGACUGCAAAAAAUACAAUGUUACAGUUGUUCAGUAUAUUGGAGAACUGUGCCGUUACCUUUGCAAACAGCCUGUGAAAGAGGGAGAAAGAAAUCACAAAGUUCGCCUAGCAGUUGGGAAUGGAGUAAGACCAGAUGUCUGGAGGGAAUUUUUGCACCGAUUUGGUAACAUCAAGAUAUGUGAAUUAUAUGGUGCAACUGAAGGAAACAUUUGUUUUAUGAAUCACACAGGCAAAAUUGGAUCUGUGGGCCGAACUAAUUUCUUUUAUAAGCUCAUUUUCCCUUUUGACUUGAUUAAGUAUGAUUUUCAAAACGAGGAGCCACUUAGAAAUAAAAGUGGAUGGUGUGAAAGAGUUAAGAAAGGUGAGCCUGGACUUUUAAUAUCCAAAGUGACGUCAAAGAAUCCAUUUUUUGGCUAUGCUGGGAAUAAGAAAGAUACGGAAAAGAAGUUACUCUGUGGUGUAUUUAAAAAAGAAGAUUGCUAUUUCAAUACAGGAGAUGUAAUGGUUCAAAAUCAAGAUAAUUAUCUUUACUUUUGGGACAGAACAGGAGAUACAUUCAGGUGGAAAGGGGAAAAUGUUGCAACUACUGAGGUUUCAGAUGUCAUUGGUAUGUUGGAUUUCAUUCAGGAAGUCAAUGUUUAUGGGGUUUUUGUACAAGGUUAUGAUGGGAAAGCAGGAAUGGCAUCUAUCAUGUUAAAGCCUAAGAGAUCCUUAGAUUUAGAAAAACUUUAUGACUGCGUGGUGACGUAUCUCCCCAGUUAUGCCUGUCCACUGUUUUUAAGACUCCAGGAAAAAAUGGAAGUUACAGGAACUUUCAAGCAACUAAAAAUUAAGUUGGUGCGGGAAGGAUUUAAUCCAUCUACAAUCAGUGAUCCGCUUUAUUUUUUGGACAGUUCAAAUAAGUCGUACAUUCUGUUAACCAAAGAAGUACAUGAUAAGAUCUUACGUGGUCAGUUCAAACUUUAAUGUUUACUUAUUAACAAGAAUUUGUGCAAUCAAGUACAUGCAAAAGAACAAAAGUUUAAACAGGGUUUUGUAGCUAUCAGUGUGGUCUCCGGGGUAAAAUUUGUACGUUCAGAAUUUUAGUUAAUAUUUGGCAGAGAAUGUAUUGAUUUCUGUCAACUUUCUCUGUUUUACUCUCAGUGCAUACUGAUUAUUUUCUACUGCUCAGCAUAAGUAAGUCUUGUUGAAUGCAAUAAGACUUACUCUCAGGUAAGUGUCUACAGGAUUGUAGACUAGAGAG